AUAUAUGAUAUAGCAAGUUGAAAAAGAACAAUUUGGUAUAACUCAAACGAUCACGGAAGCAGAAGACAACGAGAAGAAACAGACAUAGGCUCAAAGGUACACGAAGGAUAGAAAUUUAUGUAGGUUGUUCGCCCUUUCCAUUGACUCGCUCUUUCAAAUCCCUCUUGGGCGACCCACUUUAAGUUGCACGUGACUUGAAAGUCACCUGCACGGAUACUUCGCUUAGAGCGCACAUCGCCAAAUUCUCUGGAAAUUCGAUACCUUGACGCCCGUUCACGAAACUUUUAACGACAAACGACCACACGGCAGAAAAUCAGUCAAAAUGGUAGGCGCAUUUUUUCUUUGGAAGCUUGUCGAUGAUGGGAGAUGAUGGAUUGUUGCGAUCAGAGUUGCGACUGGAAAGAGGGGCAUCGAAUUGGAGGAUCGCGACAUUGGCCCAUCGGCAUCAACCACCACUCGAAUUCUGCGUGUCAACCCACCGAUUGAGACUCUCACGAAUUCGCGAGUUCUCCGCUUUCGAACAAACAUACGCCGGUCAAGGGAGACUCUCCGAAGCUCGCGGAUCGAGACGAUGGAAUAUACUGAGAGUCUGGAUGAAGGCUAACAUUCAUACCCCUCACAGGUCAACGUACCCAAGACCAGACGAACCUACUGCAAGGGCAAGGACUGCAGAAAGCACACACAACACAAAGUCACCCAAUACAAGGCAGGAAAGGUACUUGGAAUUCCCGUCUCCAUCGAUUAAUUCACGAACCCCCCUCUGACUCGAAUUUUGUGUUUCCCAGGCUUCCCUCUUCGCACAAGGAAAGCGUCGUUAUGAUCGUAAACAAUCCGGUUAUGGUGGUCAGACAAAACCCGUUUUCCACAAGAAGGCAAAGACAACGAAGAAGGUCGUGUUAAGAUUGGAGUGCACAUCAUGCAAGACUAAGGCACAAUUGGCGUUGAAGAGAUGCAAGCAUUUCGAACUUGGGUAUGUUUCUCCUCAUAAAUGGUGGCUGUGGUUGGAAUACAGGACUGAUUAUUUCACAGUGGUGACAAGAAGACCAAGGGUGCUGCGCUGGUUUUCUAGAUGUUCUCUGCAACGAUUCUUCUUCAUCUGGGCAUGUGGCGUGGGAAGGGUG